AUGAAAGCCUACGCAAACGCCUUUCUCAACCAUGACAAGGAACGAUUUAAGGAAUACCUUGGUAAGGUGAAGAAAGGAAAGAAAAAGAUAGCGGCUGGUGCUUUACUUCCCCACCAGAUUAUAGCAGCAUUGAAAAACAGCUACAGAAAUGAAGUUGCGGGGUUGCAGUGGCAGAGAAUAUUGGACGAUCUAUCAGCAAAAGGUACUCUGAAAAAUUGCCUUGCAAUCUGCGAUGUUUCUGGAAGCAUGUAUGGUACCCCGUUGGAAGUAAGUGUGACAUUGGGUCUACUAGUAUCGGAGUUGAGUGAGGUGCCUUGGAAAGGAAAGCUUAUCACAUUUAGCGGUAAUCCUCAACUUCAGAUUAUUCAGGGAGACAGUAUUCGAGCAAAAAUUGAAUGCAUAGAGCGUAUGGACUGGCAUUGCAACACAGAUUUUCAAAAGGUUUUUGAUAAAAUCUUAGAAACUGCAAAAAAGGGGAACCUUCGAGAAGAUCAGUUGAUAAAGAGGCUAUUUGUGUUUAGUGAUAUGGAAUUUGAUGAGGCAUCAGCAAAUAACUGGGAAACUGACUAUGAGACCAUAACAAGAAAAUUUCAUGAAAAUGGGUAUUCAUCAGUGCCAGAAAUUGUGUUUUGGAAUCUGAGAUACUCAAAGGCUACUCCAGUGCCAAGCGACCAGAAAGGGGUAGCACUAGUUAGUGGUUUUUAA